GCCAUGAUGGAAUGUCUGUUAACCCUGCAAUAUUUUCACCAAAAAAUAUUAUUCAUCCAUCCCGCCGUUUUCGUACAACCCACAUGCAAAUAUGCCCUAUUCAGCGUAGCGUGAAAACACUGCCGGCAAUUAGACCAAGCGCCCAUUGUGUAUUGUGACGUCACACGAGGCGUUCGGUCGGGGAAUACCUCGAUCGCCAUUGACUAUUGUGCUGUGUUGUUGAAUAGACCUCGUCGAGUUUUGGAGCUAUUAGUAUUAUAUCGCGAUUUUGGUGACAUCUGUGACAAUGGUUUACACCUGUGUCGUUUAUGGAUGUACAAAGAAGUCGGAAGUGGGCGUCAGGACGCUUCAUGAAUUUCCAAAGGACGCAACAUAUUUGAAUGCCUGGAGGCGGUUUGUUAAACGAACUCGGGCGCAUUGGAAAGGUCCUUCCACUUCAACUCGACUGUGUAGCGAUCAUUUCGACCCAGAAUGCUACGAAAAUUGGCUAGCGUGGACCAUGGGGACAGUGAGGAGGCUUGAAUUAAAACAAUUUCAAGUUCCUACGAAAUAUCCGGAGGGUACAUGCAGUACGCUAGCCUCGCCAGCAGUGAUGGCGAAAAACUUGACGUCUCCGGUACCAGCGCCUACCACGCCUGUGGAUGCAACCACGCCCGUACGAGCUACGAGCACGAAGAGGAGACGUCCAAGUAGUGCUUCCCGCAAAAGGGAAUUGAUAAGGCUUUGGGCCCAUACUCAAGAAUAUCCCCGGGACCCAACAGUCGAUUCCGAAGAGAAUCUCCAAUAUGGCGGCUGCACGUGAACAAACACUGAUCGUUAUUCACUGUUGUCGAGUAAACGGUAGAGGCACAUGAAAUCAGUAUUAGCGACUCUUUUGCGGCUCUUUACGGGAAACCGAUUAACGACCGUGAAAGCCGAACUUGGUCAAGCACAAUUUGUGGGGGGCUCUGAAUUUUUUUUUCAUGAGUACGGCCCUUCGGCAAACUGCAUGGUAUAGAAAAAUGCAGAGGAUAUGGAAAUUCAUAUGGUGUGACUCGUUUGCAAUUUGUGAUUAAUAUUGGUCAAAAAAAUUAAAUCUUGUUAUAUGAUGAAGGCAAAUGCCGUUGUGAAUUUGGUAUUUUGCCCAUUGUCUAGAUUCCAUUCCAGAAAAUAGGCAAUGGCAAUUGGAGUUAUAAAAUCAAUAAAUCAUUAUAAAACA